AUGAAUCCAUAUGAUCCUAUGGAAAUUGUGACUCAAAAAAUUGAGAGGUUUGGAAUAUUAAAUGAUGAAAAUCGUGAAAAAAAUAGACCAAUGUUUAAAGGAAUUUCAAUGUUUGUCAGAAGUAUAUGGCCAUCUGCAGAUCAAGAAUCAAUAGUAUUGGGUACACAAUUCUUUAUUUUCUCCAGAAUUUUUGAUGACCUUAUUGAUUCCAAUGAACCAGAAUUUGGAAUAAAAUUAAUCAAUAGAGCAAUUAAUAUUUUUACAUUAGGAAAACUAGAAGAUGAUCCUAAACCAUAUGAAAAAAAUAUUUUCGAUUUGGUUCAGAAUUUACAACUUAGAGUUGGAGAUCAACAUCCUUUGAUGAAUCUCUUUAGAAUUGCUUUCUUGGAUUGUUUUGACAAUUUAAUACCUUGGCAAAAUAUGAAGAAAUUAAAUGGUGACAUGAGUAUGAAUUUAUAUUAUAUCUUAAGAAGACAUAAUAUUGGUACGGCUCCAACAGUUUUUUUAGGUUUAAUGUUCAUAGUGAAAAGAUUAAACUAUGAAAUAUUUCUUGAUCCUCUUUUGAAAUGUUUAUGGGACCAAGGAGGAAGAAUCAGUGCUCUAUACAAUGAUGUAUUGUCCUAUGAAAAGGAAGUUAGAGAGAAUGAUGUAAGAAUGAAUAGUUUCCAUUUUAUGAAAACUCAAAACAAUUGGUCUGAUCAAGAAUGUCUUGAAUUCUUUGAAAAAGAAAUGGAUAAGUGUUUUGAACAAUAUUUUAUUCAUGAAAACCUCAUCAUUCAAAAAUUUAUUCCAACUCUUCAAAACAAAGAAGAUCAAGAAGAAUUCUAUCAAAUCAUUGGAUUCUUUCAUAAAUUGAUAUCUUCCUUGUUAAUGAUGUAUUUAAAAAAACCAAACUAUAAAUCACCAGAUUCCAUCUUUGUUGAACUUAGAAACUAA